AUGAAGGAGAAGUUGAACAUCUUACUGGCAAAGAGUGCAGAAGAUGGACCCCAGUUCUCAGGGCAAACAUCCAACAAUGACAAGGAUGAUAUUAACAAUAGUACUGAAUCAAAGAAAAGUGGAAAAACAAAACAUCGACAUAAGUUUUCUAAGGAAGAAUUGCAAGAACUUCAUGAAAUAUUUACACAGACUCCUUACCCGGACUUUACAACAAGAGAAGAACUGGCUUUAAAAUUCCAUUGUCCAGUGCAUGUAAUUAACAACUGGUUUCAGAAUAAUAGAGCCCGACUUUCACCUGAAGAGAGGCAAAGAAUAUUUGGUGUGUGGAAACAACAAAAUUACCAAGUCCAAACCCAUCAACCUUUUAGCAACCAGGUGUAUUCCAGCUCCUCUUUUCUGAAGACACAAGGGCUUCCUUACCAACAGGUGGGCUCCAACACCUCCAUGGUGGCAGGCACUGGAAAUCAACCAGGCUAUACUUUGGAAUAUGGAGAUGACACAGAAAGUGGGCCUUUUGCUAACAGUUUCGGGAUAUCAGCAGCUGAAAUGGAAUGUCAGCUGCAGCAGCAUCAACCCCUCAGAAUUCUCAAGCAGAUGCUAUUCCACCAACAGCUGCCAGUGGACCAGAGUCAUAGGGAUCUAGGGCAGCAGCUGCCCUCCCCUCAGUUGCACCUGCAGGGUCAGUUUCCUCAAAUUCAUGGAAAGUCCUUGUUCACUCAGCUGCAGCCAGUGCCUCCCCUAAUGGUUGACAGUUCACUAUCAUCACCUCUGGGGCAAUAUAUGAAGCAGGGGACUUUAUAG